GUGUCCUCAUUCCAUCCUCUCCCUCUCCGCUUCCGCCAUCCGCCAAUUUCACUUCGGCUCCGGUCGUCGGAUCUGGAAACUCCACGGAAUUAUCCGCUUUCAAUGGCCUCGCCGCUUCUCUUUUGGCCGCCUCCGCUCUCGGCGGCCCGGCUGAGGGUUUUCGCUGCGAGAGGCAGGGACCUGCUGCUUGUUCGACGGGUUGCUGUUUCCUCUCGCGUCCCGAUCCUCUGUGAACCCAAACGGGUGCCGAUACUUGGGGGCGGAGACAGCGUGAAGCAUCUCGCUUCUACCAUCGCCUCCACAGCGUGCUUCUUUAGUGCUGACGACGAGCAGAGGCCCGCAUCUUCCGGGGAUGAGCAGUUUGCACAGGUUUCAGAGGUGAAAUGGCGAGUCCUCCAUCGGUGGGAUGUGCCUUGGAGCUGGUCGACUAUUACACUUACUAUUUUGGCAUGCGGACUGAGCGUUCUCCUUACAGGGUCGUUAGAGGCAUCACUUCUUCCAUAUUUUGGUUUGGAAGGCAGGGAAAUUAGUUUGGAUCAGAAAGCAGAAUUGUUGUUUGCUGGCCAACUAUCUGUAACAGCCGUUGUGCUAGGGGUGAUUUUUGGCAUCACCAAGAGCUUUGAGCCACUUCCAAAUGAUCUGUUUCGCUAUAAUCUUACCAAACCAUUUGAUCUACGGGAUGGCUGGCUCCUCUGGGCAGGUAUUGGUCUCCUAGGUGCACUAAUUGCUAUCGCUCUCACUGGUACGACCCUGAGUAUAUUUCAUGGUGAAAACCCACAAAGAGAGCAAACUGAUGCCUUAAUUCGCUUAUUGCCACUGAUUGGUUCUUCAGGUGUCAGCACUGCAUUUCUUGUGGCCACUACUGGGAUUUUAGCCCCAGUUCUUGAGGAAACUAUCUUCAGGGGAUUUCUUAUGGUGUCGCUAACUAAAUACUUGCCAACACCAGUUUCUGUGCUUAUAACUGCUGCAAUAUUUGCCAUUGCUCAUCUCACACCAGGAGAAUUUCCUCAGCUGUUUGUUUUAGGGACUGCUUUGGGGUUUUCAUAUGCUCAAACUCAUAAUCUACUAACACCUAUCACAAUACAUGCACUAUGGAACUCCGGAGUCAUCUUAUUGCUCACAUUCCUUCAGAUUCAAGGAUACGAUAUAAGGGAACUGCUACAACCAUCCUGAAGCAUAAUUCAUGUGUCUGGAUUUCACCAAAUUAAUUUAAGAGAUAGAUAGUGUCAAAAGACGACCUUCCAUUUGGAAUUUAAAGUUUGAAUUUUUUUUUAUUACUCUUAUUUUUGUCACUGCACUAUAUCCGUGAGGCCAAAAUAUAGCCCAAACUAUGGUGUAACUGCAAGGCCUUCUUAUAAUCUCCCUUACACUAACGGUUCAAUUCUCAAUUACGGAACACUACAUGACAUUUUCCUCCAAUGGAAUAACAAAUUUGAGAUA